AUGGCGCAUCUGUUCCACCCUGGUCAGUUUCACAUGGCCAGCCAAAAGUACAACGGAAAGACUCCUCGGUGCAGUGUGAUGGCCGAGAAGCGUCACUUACCAGUCCAGGAUUUUAUCAGUCCUUAUAGAUAUACGACAUCGCUUGUGUGGGAGGGGGGGUGGGGUUUCUCGUUCUCGUAUUGGAACUUAGCCGUUCGUUCAGCUGUAAGGGCUCAAGAUCUCCAGAAAGAUGAAUUCAAAAAGGCAACAUCAAAAACAAAUCUAGAAAUAUCCACCUGUGAUGUUGUCAAGUUGCGUGGCCUACUGCAGGAACAAGACUGUGGAGGCACAAGCCGAAUAAGAACCACAACGAAGCUUACUGCUUUUAUUGGCUGCACCAUGGAUAUCAGCAAGGCUCGAAAUGCAGUCAUUGUUCGCAAAUCAGCGUGGCGACCGGAGAGAUAG